CAACGGCGUAAGACGACGGCAAUGCUGGUAGGAAGUGCAAGGGACGCUGUCCCUUACGCUUCUUUCUCACCCCCACCGGCGACACCAUGGCUCUCCCGAAAGGCAUGCGGGUUCUCGCCGCGCUCACCAUGUGCAUAUUCUUCUACCUGUUUCUGCAGAUUCUCCGCGCGCCGGCGGGCGAGAUGCAGAUGCCAGAGAAGGUGCCGGGCUCGACGCUGCAGGAGUGGGAUCACGACCCGCAGCUGGAUUCAUCCGGCGAACCCCCGGAGCCUCUCCGCCGUGUCGAAGGCGACAAUUACGAACCGAACAACCCGAACAGCGCACGCAUAAAUGCCACAAUACUCAGUCUGGUGCGGAAUGAGGAGAUAGAAGACAUGCUGCAGAGUAUGCGCGAUCUUGAACGGACGUGGAAUCACAAGUUCAAUUACCCGUGGACCUUCUUCAACGACAAGCCGUUCACAGAAGAGUUCAAGGAGAAGACGAGCGCAGCCACCAAAGCUGAGACGCGGUACUACCUCGUCCCCGCCGAACACUGGGACAUCCCCUCUUGGAUAAACAUGGACCUCUACCACGAAUCCGUCUCCCUCCUCGUCGAGCAAAAAGUGCAAUACAUGGAAAAAGUAUCCUACCACCAAAUGUGCCGCUGGAACAGCGGCAUGUUCAGCCAGCACCCAGCCCUCGAGCACAUCCAAUACUACUGGCGUGUCGAGCCCAAGGUGCACUUCUUCUGCGACAUCGACUACGACGUCUUCCGCUGGAUGCAGGAGCACAACAAGACGUACGGGUUUAAUAUCAACAUAUAUGAUAGUCCCGAGAGUGUGGCAAUGCUGUGGCCCGAGACGCUCAAAUUUCUGGAGGACCAUAAGGAGUAUGUGCAUGAGAAUAAUGCGCGGGAGUGGUUGGAGGAUGGGAGCAGGAGGCCGGAUAAUAAACGCAUCGCACACGGCUAUUCAACGUGCCAUUUCUGGUCGAAUUUCGAAAUCGGCGAUCUAAACUUCUGGAGGAGUAAACAGUACCGCGAUUACUUUGACCAUCUAGACCGCGCGGGAGGUUUCUUUUACGAGCGCUGGGGCGAUGCGCCGGUGCACAGCGUAGCCUUGGCGUUGUUCGAGGACAAGUCCAAGAUACACUGGUUCCGCGACAUCGGCUACCAACACAUCCCCUUCUUCAACUGCCCCAACAACCCCAAAUGCUCGGGCUGCGUAACUGGCCGCUUCACCGACGGCGAAAAAUGGCUAAACCGCGAGGACUGUCGCCCACUAUGGUUUAAAUACGUGGGCAUGGACUAGCUCUCUUCCCCCCUCGGAGUGCUUCGUCGUUUAGCGCCUGACCGCUCCAGAGCUAGGUGGAUGGAUGUAUAAAUACGAUGCUGCUGUAUAGAGUUUUCAUAGCCGGCUAGGGGCAGGGAAUUUGCAUUGGGACAUGAUGGAAUUUGUUAGCAUGGCGUUAUGACGCCAUAUGACUUGCUUAGGCGGGCUCGUUUGAGCACUCUAGGCUUUAUGUAUCAUAGUUCGGAUGAAAUGAUGAGAAUGAUACCCGAUACAUACUGCC